AUGUCUCUGACCAACACAAAGACCGGCUUUUCCGUCAAGGACAUCUUGGACUUGCCUGACACCAAUGACGAGGACGGGUCGGUCGUGGAAGGGGGGGACGAAGAGACCGAGGGCUCCGAGCCCCCCAGGAAGGCCGGCGUGUUGGGGACGAGCCCGCUGGACGCGGUUCCAAGCCUGCCCCUGAAAACCCCUUUUUAUGACAGUGCCGAUAAUCCCUACACGCGCUGGCUCGCCACCACCGAGAGCAUCCAGUAUUCUUUGCACGGCUUGGCCUCCGGCAACGCGCAGCAGGACGCGGCGUCCAAAUCGCCGGAGCCCUCGGCGGACGAGUCUCCGGACAACGAGAAGGAGGCGCCCGGUGGCGGCGAGUCGGGCAAGAAGCGCAAGCGGCGGGUGCUCUUCUCCAAGGCGCAGACUUACGAGCUGGAGCGGCGCUUCCGGCAGCAGCGCUACCUCUCGGCGCCGGAGCGCGAGCACCUGGCCAGCCUCAUCCGCCUCACCCCGACGCAGGUGAAGAUCUGGUUCCAGAACCACCGCUACAAGAUGAAGCGCGCUCGCGCCGAGAAGGGCAUGGAAGUGACUCCGCUGCCGUCGCCGCGCCGGGUGGCCGUGCCGGUCUUGGUCCGGGACGGCAAGCCCUGCCACGCGCUCAAGGCGCAGGACUUGGCGGCCGCUACCUUCCCGGCGGGGCUGCCCUUCUCGGCCUACGGCGCCCAGUCGCUGCAGCACAUGCAAUACAACGCCCAGUACGGCUCGGCUGGCACCCCCCAGUACCCCUCGGCGCACCAUUUGGUACAAGCCCAACAGUGGACUUGGUGA